AUGAUUUACAAAUAUACUUCACUUUUUUGGAUCCUUAAUAUCAUACUAUUAGCUUAUGGAGCUGAUAAGCUUGUAGUUUAGGAAUUAACUUCAACUUUCACAGGCUCAGGCUGGUCUCCUAACACUAUAUCGUAAUGUCAAACAGGUGCUCUUACCGAAUUUUCAAAUCAAAAUGUGAUGGGUUUUUUUGGUUUAGGAAGCAAUACUUCUACUAAAACAUUUACCAAUAUACCUCCUCACUGGAGCCUUUCAAUUAGAUUUGAUUUACUUCUUUAUUAAUCUUUAGAUUCUAGUGAUUAUGUUUAUGUUAAAAUUAAUGGAAACAUAGAUGCUUACUAAAAAGAUAAUCCCGAUAACGGUUAUUUCAGAUGCAUCUCAACGAAUGUAUUUUUUUUUGAUGAGGUAGUCCUUUACUAUAGAAAUUUUACUCAUUCUGAUUCUUCAAUAUCUGUGACCUUAUUUUCUCAAACAGACGAAGCCAUCUCUAAUGAAGGUUUUGGUUUUAACAAUUUUUAUUUAUACGUAGAUACUUGCCAUGAUUCAUGCUCAACUUGUACUGGACCUACUGCAACUUAAUGUCUAACUUGUCCUACCAAUUCUAUUUAAAAUGGAAAUAAAUGCAUAUGCAAUAAUGGCUAUUCUGCCUAAAACAAUCAAUGCAUACAAAUUUGCUAAUCAGGAUAUACUAAGGAUUCUACAGGAAAAAUUUGCGUUCAAGAUUUUUGUAGUAAUACAACAUGUGACACUUGCUAAAAUGGCUUAUGUAUAUCUUGUAAAUCAGGAUUUUAUUUGCUAAACGGAUAAUGUGUAUCAAGUUGCCCUUCCUACUCCACUCAAAGUGGUUAGUAAUGUAUGGACAUAAUUUCUUAAACUUAAUAUGGAGGUUACUUGCUGAAAAGCAUGUUUAAUACUUACUUUGGAGAGAGUGAAAUUAUAGGAUCUGGUCUAAAUGCAAUUGGAUUUUUAGGAAACAUUAAUACUUCUAGCAGAGCAUUAACUACUGUAUGUAAUGGUAAAACAAUCUUAGGUGGCGCAUACUUAAGCUCUAAGAACUCACUUAUUUAAGCAAAAUUUAAUUCAUUGUAACCUCACAGGUCAGUAACUAUAGGAUAUACUUUAUAUAAAAUUGAUGCAUGGAAUUAAGAAUAUGUAUAGUUAAUUGUAGAUGGAGAUUUAAUUACUGUAACAAUAAGAAAUAUGUUUGACGGAGGAGUGAACUUAUGUGGGAAGAUUUAAUAUAAUGACUAAAUUAUCAAAGUUUCUUAAAAAUUUUCACAUUCAAAGAAUUCCCUUGAGUUAAAUAUCUCAAGUGGUUUAAAUAGUGAUCCAUUUACUGAAUCUUAUGGUAUUAGGGAGCUCUUUAUACUUGUUGAUUAUUGUUCUCCUAAUUGUCUAUAGUGUGAUAAUUAAGGAUGUAACAAAUGCUAAUAGGGCUUAUAUUUAUACAACUAUUAAUGUGUCUUAACAUGUCCAGAUAGUUUCGUUACUGAUGCAAAUAAAAUUUGUCAACCUUGUGAUUUUUCUUGCUAUAAUUGUUUUUAACCAUUAAGCAGUACAUCUUGUUUGACUUGCUAACCUAAUACAUAUCUAAAUCCUAACAAUUCCUGUCUAAAUAAUUGCCCUUCUAAAUAUUGGGCAAAUAACUCGAAUUUGUCAUGUUAGGCUUGUGAUGCUACAUGUUAUAAUUGCUAAAAUCCAGGCGAUUCAAACUCAUGUACAAAUUGCAAUGGUUAAUUUUAUCUGCUAUACAAUAAGUGCAUUGCUAUUUGUCCUCCCAACACAUUUGCUGUAGCAUAAACAAAUAACAAUAUUUGUUAAUCAUGCGACUUAUCCUGUAAAACAUGUGAUGGACCAAAUAGCAAUAAUUGUUUAAGUUGUUAAAGCCCAAUGUUUUAUUAGCAGACCUCUAAAACUUGUGUAUCCUCAUGUAAUUAAAAUUAAUUUUAGAGUAAUUAAAUUUGUUAUCCUUGUGAUUCUUCAUGUAAUACUUGCUCAGGUCCUAGCUAUUUUAACUGUCUCUCUUGCUCAGGAAAUACAUUUUUAUACCAAAAUUAAUGUAUUACCAACUGCCCAGUAAAAUAUUAUAAUAAUAGUUAGAAUAAUUAAUGUUCUCCAUGCGAUUCUACAUGUUAUACAUGCAAUGGAAAUGCUUCUAACAAUUGUUUAUCAUGCGAAUUAUAAAGAUAUUUUGAUUUUUAGUCAAAUAAAUGUGUACUUGCAUGUAAUUCUAACUAAUACCCUGAUUUAAACACUAUUUCUUGUAAAUAAUGUGAUUCUUCCUGUAAAUCUUGCAACGGCUCAACAGCUUCUAACUGUACAGAUUGCAGAUCAGGACUAUUCUUACAAAAUAAUUAAUGCAAGUCUAUUUGUGAUGGUUCAUAUUUUGGAAUGACUUAAACUAAUACUUGCUAACCAUGUCAUUUAUCUUGCUUCUCAUGCAAUGGUUCAAGCAUCAAUAAUUGCUUAAGCUGUUAAGCCCCAAGAUAUUUUGAUCCUACAACUAAUUAAUGUGUUUUAGUUUGUAAUUCUAAUCAGUAUCCUGAUUUAAUAUCUAAUUUAUGUAAGCAAUGCGAUUCAACUUGCUUGAGUUGUAAUGGCCCAUACAUUUAUAAUUGCACAAGUUGUAGAUCAGGACUAUUUUUACAAAAUAAUUUUUGUAAGUAAACCUGUGAUAGUUCUUAUUUUGGAGCGACAUAAACUAAUACUUGUUAACCAUGCUAAUCACCUUGUAAAACUUGUGAUGGACCUAACAGUAAUAACUGCUUAAGUUGCUAAACUCCAACAUUUUAUCAGUAGAUCUCUAAAAUUUGUAGUAACUAGUGUUCUCAAUGUGAUUCUAGUUGUUAUACGUGCAAUGGAAGUUCAUCUAACAAUUGUCUUUCUUGUGAACUAUAAAGAUAUUUUGAUCCUUAAUCAAGCAAAUGUAUUACCUCUUGUAAUUCUAAUUAAUAUCCUGAUGUUAGUUCUAAUUUAUGUAAAGUUUGCGACUCUUCAUGCCUAACUUGUAAUGGAUCAUAUAGUUCUAAUUGUACAAGUUGUAGAUAAGGGCUUUUCUUACAAAAUAAUUAAUGCAAGUAAAAUUGUGAUGGUUCUUAUUUUGGAGAAUCUGUAACAAAAACUUGUCAGCCAUGUGACUAGUCUUGUAAAACUUGUGAUGGUUCUAACAAUGCUAACAACUAAGUUUGCUCUUCUUGUGAUUCAUCAUGUGCCACUUGCUCAGGUCCUAGCAAUUUUAACUGUCUAUCUUGCUCAUUAAAUAAAUUUUUAUAUUUAAACUAAUGUUUUACUAACUGUCCUGUGAGAUUUUAUAAUAAUGCUUAGAGUAACUAGUGUUCUCAAUGUGAUUCUAGUUGUUAUACGUGCAAUGGAAGUUCAUCUAACAAUUGUCUUUCUUGUGAAUUAUAAAGAUAUUUCGAUCCUUAAUCAAGCAAGUGCCUUUCCUCUUGUAAUUCUAAUUAAUAUCCCGAUAUUAGUACUAAUUUAUGUAAAAUUUGCGAUCCUUCUUGCUUAACUUGCAAUGGCUCAUAAAGUUCUAAUUGUACAAGUUGUAGAUAAGGGCUUUUCUUACAAAAUAAUUAGUGCAAGUAAAGUUGUGAUGGUUCUUAUUAUGCAGAAUCUCUUACAAAAAUUUGUCAGCCUUGCGACUAGUCUUGUAAAAUUUGUGAUGGUCCUUACAAUACUAAUAAUUAAAUUUGCUCUUCUUGUGAUCCUUCAUGUGCCACUUGUUCUGGUAGUAAUAGUUUUAACUGUCUGUCUUGCUCAUCAAAUAAAUUUUUAUAUUUAAACUAAUGUAUAACUAAUUGUCCUGUGAGAUUUUACAAUAAUACUCAGAAUAACCAGUGUUUUUAAUGUGAUUCUAGUUGUUAUACAUGCAAUGGAAGUGCAUCUAACAAUUGUCUUUCUUGUGAAUUAUAAAGAUAUUUUGAUCCUUAAUCAAACAAGUGCCUUAUCUCUUGUAAUUCAAAUUAAUACCCUGAUGUUAGUUCUAAUUUAUGUAAAGUUUGUGAUUCUUCUUGCUUAACUUGCAAUGGAUCAUAAAGUUCUAAUUGUACAAGUUGUAGAUAAGGGCUUUUCUUACAAAAUAAUUAGUGUAAGUAAAUUUGUAAUGGCUCUUACUUUGGAGAAUCUGUAACAAAAACUUGUCAAGCAUGUGACUAGUCUUGUAAAACUUGUGAUGGUCCUAACAGUAAUAACUGCUUAAGUUGUUAAGCACCAAAAUUUUAUCAGUAGACCUCUAAAAUUUGUGUAUCCUAAUGUAAUUAAAACUAAUUUUAAGAUACUAAUAAUUAAAUUUGCUCUUCUUGUGAUCCUUCAUGUGCUACUUGUUCUGGUCCUAGCAAUUUUAACUGUCUCUCUUGCUCGUUAAAUCAAUUUUUAUAUUUAAACUAAUGCGUUACUAAUUGUCCUGUGAAAUUUUAUAAUAAUGUUUUGAGUAAUCAGUGCUCUCUGUGCGAUUCUAGUUGUUAUACAUGCAAUGGAAGUACAUCUAAUAAUUGUCUUUCUUGUGAAUUAUAAAGAUAUUUUGAUCCUUAAUCAAGCAAAUGUCUUACCUCCUGUAAUUCUAACUAAUAUCAUGAUGUUAAUUCUAAUAAAUGUAUUUUUUGUGACCCUUCUUGCUUAACUUGUAAUGGCCCAUAAAUAUCUAAUUGCACAAGUUGUAUAUCAGGGUAAUUUUUACAAAAUAAUUAGUGUAAAUCAAGUUGUGAUGGUUCUUAUUUUGGAGAUACUGUAACAAAAACUUGUCAACCAUGCGACUAGUCUUGUAAGACGUGUGAUGGACCAAAUAAUAAUAACUGUUUAAGCUGUUAAGCUCCAAAUUUAUUUUACUAACAGAAUAAUACUUGUGUCUUUCAAUGUAAAUUGAAUUAAUUUUAGGAUAGAAAUAAUUAAAUAUGUUCUUCUUGUCAUCCUACAUGUAGUUCAUGUACAGGCCCUAACGACAUAAGCUGCCUUACUUGUUCUGGGAAAACAUUUUUAUAUUAAAAUUAAUGUGUUUCUAAUUGCCCUAAAAAAUUUUUUAGCAACACUUAGAACAAUCAAUGCACACCAUGUGAUUCUACAUGCUAUACAUGUGAUGGAAGUUCUUCCAAUAAUUGUUUAUCUUGUUAAUUAUAAAGAUAUUUAGAUCCUGCAUUAAAUUAGUGUGUCUAAGUAUGUAAUUCAAAUUAAUAUCCUGAUAUAAUCUCAGAUGAAUGCAAAUAAUGUGAUAUUUCAUGUUUAUCAUGCAAUGGACCUUACUCUUCAAAUUGUACUAGUUGCAGAUAAGGUUUAUUCUAACUAAACAAUACAUGUGUUUAAGACUGCGGUGAUAAUAAUUUUGUUAUUCCUUAAACUAAUAUUUGUUAAAAUUGUUAUUUAAACUGUAAAACAUGUUCUGGACCUUCCUCAUCCUAAUGUAACUCUUGUUUGAAUGGUUUUAUCUUUUUGAAUAAUUCUUGCCAUUAAAAUUGUCCUUCAAACUAUUAUGAUGAUUAAUAACAAAUGAGAGAGUGUAAGUUGUGUAAUUCAUACUGCAAGGAAGGAUGUGGAGGACCAUUAAUAGAAGAUUGUGAUUCAAUUAAGUAUAAGUAUUAAAUAAUAUUGUACAUUCUCGCCACUAAAAGUUUUCUUUGGAUAUUUACAUCUAUAAUUAGUUUUUUCAAGGAUAAAAAGUAGUCUAAAGUAUUUGUUUAAGUAAUGAAUCAACCUAAUACCAUUGAAACUGAUAGAGUAUCUAAAAGCAAUGAAAAAAAAGAUAAUAAUUAAAUGUAGAUUGACUUAUCAUAAAUUUAAUAAACUCCUAAUAAAAUAAGCAUAGAAGAACAUAUUAAAUAAUUACAAUAACCUAGCAAAAUAUAAAAUUUUUAAGUUUAAAAAGAAUUUAACAAAGUUAUAUAAAACCAAAAUUCAAAAAGAAGGCCUAGAAAAUUAAUAAAUAAAAAUGAUUUUUAUUAAUAGUCUUAAAAACCUUGCGAAUUUUCUUAGAUUAAUUUAUAAUCAAAUUAACUUUCUAUGAUUAAAAGCACAAAUUAAAUUGUUCCUACAAUUUCUAAUCUAAUUACUGCUUCUUAGGUUAAAAACUAAAAUGACUUAGAAGUUUAAGAUGUUACUUCUAUCACAUCUAAAAAGUACAGUGCUGAUAAACUAUUUAAAUUUACAAUGGAAAUGAGUGGGUGUCUUUGUUUUACUUUUAUAAUUCAAUGA